CUUCCACAUCUUUAACCUGCUUUAGUUCUCCUCAAAUAUAGAGUGUAGUGCGCAGUCCACAUGCUCAAAUUGCUCUCUCUCUUUCUCCAUGUUAUUUUCACACGCUUUGGAGUUUGGACUAGCAAAAAGUUUGAUCAUGACAUGAGCAGCAAACCCGCUCAUUUGCAUCAUAACAUGCUUGGUGUUUCCAAACCUCCAGACUAUAAAUACACCCUAGGGGCCUCAGGACAAGGCCCAUGAAACUGAAACCACCUUGUAUAACUCUUAGUUCAUCAUCUCGAUGAGCACUUCGGCGAUGUGCGCAUGCCUAGCCUGAGGCAGUGCAACACCUUCGCUGUUGCCAUCGACAGGCAGCUGCUCGGCCAUCUCUCGGCGACGAAGAUGAAGAUCGGCAAGGCCCCAGUGCUCCUGAAGAAGGCGGUGACCAUGUGCAAGAGCAAGACCGACGUGCUCGCCGCCAGGCUCCUCGUCCUCGCUUCGCUCCGCCGCAGGAUGGCCACCAUCGGCAUGGUCUCUCACAAGAUACAUGCGCUCAUGGUGGCCGCUGACAAGGCAAAGGCGGGAGGGGACUGCCACAAGGCUGUCGUUUCGUACAAGGUCGAGAAGACGCUUCCAACGAUCCAUGGCGGUGAGAUCGCGGAUAUUACACAUCAAUUAGCUCUAUUUUGUCAAGAGGAAGAAGAUGAUGGUGGCUGCCCUGACUGGACGCUGCACCCCAUCUUCAAUGACGAUGACAAUUGCUGUUACACCGAAGAGGACGAUGUCGGUGAUGUGCCACUAGAUGGGUGCGAUGGUCACCACGACGAGCCCUCGGUGAUAGAUGUAAUCAGGAGCAACAUGGAAGUCCAGGGGUUGGAGUUCAACAUGGAAGAUGAGAUCGACCAGGCCGCCGAUAUGUUCAUCAGGAGGAUCCGGGAGCGGAUGAGCAAGAUCAUUUAGUGACCUGUUUUUGUUUCAUCUAUACCUGUUUGCAGGGCUGACGCUCAAGUGUACGAAUGUGUACCGCUCACUAGUUGAGAGUAGAUGUCGCGAGGGAGAAUGUUAGAUCGAUACUAUGGCAUAUAGUAGAGGGAUAGACUAA